UUAAAAUAUAAAAGUUGAAGAAUUGUCACUCAUCGGAAUGUUAGAUUUUCAGUCAAUUGUGAUUUUUGUGUUAGCAAGUAAAAAUUUUGUAAUUUUUCUAUUAGAAAACAUAAUUACGUGACUCUGAUGGAAAAAAGUCAUAAUUAUGGGCUUUUUACUUAAAUGGACUCAUAAGUUUUUCGAGUUAGAAAUUAGGAGGGGUAAAGUGAUAUUCUCAUAAUUUCGAACUGUGUCAACCCCCGGAUGAAAAGACGGUUCUUGUUCUUCUGCUACUCAUUUUGAAAUAAUAAGGAAAUUAUACAUAAAGGAUGAGAAAUCACAGGUUUUGGCUACCCAUCAUUGGGUCAUUUAAAUUACUCCCCAAUCUAAAGAAAGAUUUAUCAACUAGAAGAAUCCCUUUUUCCAGUCUUGUUCGUUUAUAUUCUACAGAGGUGCAGCCUCAAUUGUCUAUUGACCUCAUUAAAAUAAUGGAACAAAGGUUAUCGGCAAUUGAGAACAGGAGUGCUCAGCUUCAGCGUUUUUUAGAUCAGCCAGAAUUAACUCCUUCUGAAUAUUCAACGGCCAACAAAGAGCUCAGGAAGCUCAGAGGUUCAGUAGAUCUCAUAAGCGAGUUAAGAGCGAAACAGAAGGAGAUUGCGGAACUGAAAUCAGUAAUAUCUGAAUGCCAAGAUGACAAAGACAUGCAGCAGAUGGCUUCUGAAGAAUUGAGUGAAGCCACAGAAGGAGAGAAGAAAUUUCAGGUUCUCCUUCUGAAGUCAUUACUACCCAAAGAUGAUGCUGACGAGAGGGACUGCAUUCUUGAAGUGAGGGCAGGAACUGGUGGGGAAGAGGCUUCUUUAUUUGCGAUGGACAUAUUCAAAAUGUAUGAAAAAUAUUCUGCAAAAAAAGGCUGGAAAUAUGAGGUUCUAGAAGUAGCUGAGUCUGAUCUUAAAGGAUACAAGGAAGCUAUUGCUUCUAUCUCUGGAGCUGGUGUUUACGGGAAACUAAAAUUUGAGAGUGGAAUUCACAGAGUUCAGCGAGUGCCCAUGACAGAGAAGGGUGGACGUGUUCACACCAGUGCUGUCUCUGUUGCAAUUCUCCCACAGGCAGAUCAGCUAGAUGUGAAGUUGAGGAAUGAAGAUUUGAGAAUUGAUACUUAUAGAUCAGGGGGAUCAGGAGGUCAGCAUGCAAAUACCACAAACAGUGCUGUCAGAAUCACUCACAUUCCAUCUGGGAUAACUGUUGCCAUACAAGAUCAGCGCUCCCAGCAUAUGAACAGGGCCAAAGCACUAAAAAUAUUGUGUGCAAAACUAUAUGAAAUUGAGCGACUCAGCAAUCAAUCUAGUAGAUCCAAGCUUCGAAUGGAACAGAUUGGCAGUGGGGACAGAUCUGAGCGGAUCCGCACGUAUAACUUCCCUCAAGGACGGGUUACUGAUCACCGUGUUGGCAUCACAACUCAUUCCAUAGUUGAUGUUCUGCAGGGAGAAGAUUUGGAUGCUUUUAUUGAUGCUCUUCUAUUGCAGGAGGAAAUGGACGCAAUUGCAUCGUUCAGUUCCCCGUAAUGUUAGCUUUCAACAAUUUCGCUGGUUAGUGGUAACCCUUAUAUUUCCUUCAGAUGGAAAGGGUUGGUGGGUGAUUGUGCAUUGAUAAAUUGUUGUUUCCAUUGUGCUUCAAGCUGUCUUAAGAGCAGCAGUUUUUUCCGAAGAAGCUAACCUUCAACUACUUUAGAUGGCGGGAAGUUAAUAAUACGUUUUAGGUAGGGAAGCUGGAAAUAGUGUGCAUAUAAUGUAUGAAGUGCAAGUGUUAUAUGUGCGGCAGGUCCUUUUCUUACUUUUCCUUGGUCCAAACUCGUGGAGAGGGGGAUUUUCUCUCUUUUUUGGUGCAAUGUUGGAGUCUCAAAAGAUUUGACAUUGCAACUACAUUCCGAGCAGGUUUGGUAGGACGGAAGUCAUUUUCAUGAAAUGUAUUUUUCCGGUAUUUGAUUGGUGCGUGGACAAUAAUUUCCUGAAAAAAUAUAAAUUCAAGAUUAAAAAUAGUAUUACCA